AUGAAAGUUUAUGUACUUAAAGUAGCAAGAGAAAGAUUCAUUCUCGACCUUCCGCACCACACUACAGAUGUCCAAAGGCAAAAAUGUCUUAAAACUGAAGGGAAAAAUCAACUUCAGUUUUGUAUCUAUUGGUUUGAAAAAAAAAGACUCCAAAUGAUAUCGUGGGUGGAAAAUAUUCACUUCAAUACACUUGAAAAAGUUUUAAACAAGACUAAUUCAAUGGCAUUCUUCCAUUUAGAAAUUGCUUCUAGACUUCUGCAAACGCUCCCACAUUCAUUUGAAAAUUUGAGAAGAAUGGCUUUGAGCUUUGUAAAUAGAAUGUAA